AUGGCGAUUUACCUUCUUCUCUCUUUCUUCCUUUCUUUAUUAUUUUCUUUCUUUCUUUAUUAUUUUCUUUCUUUAUUUCGUUCUUUCUUUCUUUCUUUCUUUCUUUCUUUCUUUAUUAUUUUCUUUCUUUAUUUCGUUCUUUCUUUCUUUCUUUGCUAUUUUCUUUAUUUAUUUCGUUCUUUCUUUCUUUCUUUCUUUCUUUAUUAUUUUCUUUCUUUAUUUCGUUCUUUCUUUCUUUCUUUCUUUACUAUUUUCUUUCUUUAUUUCGUUCUUUCUUUCUUUCUUUAUUAUUUUCUUUCUUUAUUUCGUUCUUUCUUUCUUUCUUUGCUAUUUUCUUUCUUUCUUUCUUUAUUAUUUUCUUUCUUUAUUUCUUUCUUUCUUUCUUUCUUUCUUUCUUUACUAUUUUCUUUCUUUAUUUCGUUCUUUCUUUCUUUCUUUCUUUCUUUAUUAUUUUCUUUCUUUAUUUCGUUCUUUCUUUGCUAUUUUCUUUCUUUCUUUCUUUAUUAUUUUCUUUCUUUAUUUCGUUCUUUCUUUCUUUCUUUCUUUCUUUCUUUGCUAUUUUCUUUAUUUAUUUCGUUCUUUCUUUCUUUCUUUACUAUUUUCUUUCUUUAUUUCGUUCUUUCUUUCUUUCUUUCUUUACAAUUUUCUUUCUUUAUUUCGUUCUUUCUUUCUUUCUUUCUUUCUUUCUUUCUUUCUUUCUUUCUUUCUUUCUUUGCUAUUUUCUUUCUUUUUUCCUUUACUAUCUUCUUUAUUUCGUUCUUUAUUUACCAUUUUCUUUCUUUCUUUCUUUCUUUCUUUCUUUACUAUUUUCUUUUUUCCUUUCUUUACUAUCUUCUUUAUUUCGUUCUUUAUUUACCAUUUUCUUUCUUUCUUCCUUUCUUUACUAUUUUCAUUCUUUCUUUAUUUAUUUACCAUUUUCUUUAUUUCUUUCUUUCUUUCUUUCUUUCUUUCUUUCUUUACCAUUCUCUUUCUUUCUUUCUUUACCAUUCUCUUUCUUUCUUUCUUUCUUUCUUUAUUUAUUUAUUUACUAUUUUCUUUCUUUCUUUCUUUCUUGACCAUUCUCUUUCUUUCUUUCUUUCUUUCUUUCUUUCUUUCUUUCUUUCUUUCUUUAUUUAUUUACUAUUUUCUUUCUUUCUUUCUUUCUUUAUUUAUUUACUAUUUUCUUUCUUUCUUUCUUUCUUUCUUUACCAUUCUCUUUCUUUCUUUCUUUCUUUCUUUAUUUAUUUAUUUACUAUUUUCUUUCUUUCUUUCUUUACCAUUCUCUUUAUUUAUUUAUUUAUUUAUUUAUUUAUUUACUAUUUUCUUUCUUUCUUUCUUUCUUUACCAUUCUCUUUCUUUCUUUCUUUCUUUCUUUCUUUAUUUAUUUAUUUACUAUUUUCUUUCUUUCUUUCUUUCUUGACCAUUCUCUUUCUUUCUUUCUUUCUUUCUUUAUUUAUUUACUAUUUUCUUUAUUUCUUUCUUUCUUGA